CUACGGCAGCUAGAAUCGGGUUACUGUUAAAACAGCAGGCUGAGCUAACUCAAGCUAGCACAUUAAUGCUAACCGAAAAUGAAAGCUGCUGUGUCAGCUUAAUGCGACUGGGCCUUACCCCUCUCUUGUGUCGGGUUUCGAAGGUAUCGCGGACUGACCGAGGUUAGCUUGUAAACUUGGCACCCAAGUUUGCCACAUCGCACUAGCUGUGAACAUGUUAGCUUCGCCCUGACAGAGUUUCCGAUGGACUGACAGCACGGCCAAGUUAGCCGGGGAUCGUUUAUGAUUAAUCCCACCAUGCGGCAAAAGGCUUGACACUUGGAUUACCAGCUGUAUUUCGGUUGCUAGUUAUGUUAAUGUCAUUGGAUUACAUGUACAAGCAUUAGCUUUGCAUGGCUAAACUUUUCUAGCUGUCGAUCCGAGCAUGUCAGUGUGUGAUCUUACAUGGCAAACUUGCCCUGGUGUCCUCUUCUAACAAACCGGAGGGCAUUCCCAGGCAGGGUGUUCACCAUUACCUUACCGGUGCCACGCACGUCCUUUGAUCUGUGCAGAUCUCUGCUGUCAGUCUGUCUGUGGACCCAACUUACUUGCAGCAAGUUUGUGAUGUAGAAAAACUACAUACCUAUCUCAUGGAGCAUGCUGAAAUGAUCACACACACGGAAGAUGCCAGUGAAACAGACCUUGCCAAGCACGACGAGGAUGACUAUGUUGAAAUCAAAGAGCAGAUGUACCAAGACAAACUGGCCUCCCUGAAAAGACAGUUGCAGCAAUUACAAGAAGGUACACUGCAGGAGUAUCAGAAGAGGAUGAAGAAGCUGGACCAGCAGUACAAAGAGAGACUCCGAAAUGCAGAUCUGUUUCUCCAGCUUGAGACAGAGCAGGUGGAGAGGAACUACAUCAAGGAGAAGAAGGCAGCUGUGAAGGAGUUUGACGAUAAAAAGGUGGAACUGAAGGAAAAUCUAAUUGCAGAGCUGGAGGAGAAGAAGAAAAUGAUCGAGAACGAAAAAUUAACAAUGGAGCUGACGGGCGACUCGAUGGAGGUAAAACCUAUCAUGACCCGGAAGCUGAGGAGACGGCCCAACGAUCCGGUCCCAAUACCAGAUAAACGGAGAAAACCUGCGCCAGCUCAGCUAAAUUAUUUGUUAACAGACGAACAGAUAAUGGAAGAUCUAAGAACACUUAAUAAGCUUAAAUCACCAAAACGGCCAGUGUCUCCGUCGUCUCCAGAGCACGUCCCCUCCGCUCCCAUGGAGAACCCCUCCCAGCGUUACGAGGCCCGCAUCGAAGAGGGGAAACUUUACUACGACAAAAGAUGGUACCAUAAGAGCCAGGCCAUCUACUUGGAGUCAAAGGACAACACAAAGAUUAGCUGUGUCAUCAGCUCGGUGGGGACCAAUGAGAUUUGGGUGAGGAAGACGAGUGACAGUACGAAGAUGAGGAUCUACCUGGGACAGCUGCAGAGAGGAGCGUUUGUCAUCCGUCGACGGUCGGCUGCGUGAAACAUUACUCCCCCACCCAACCCCCAUCUGUUCAUUUAUCCAUCCAUCCACCCGCUCGUUCAGCCCGUUUCCCUCCUUGGUGCAUCUUAGUUGAGUUGGAUAUGUGGCCUCCUACUCUUCAUCAUAUGCACUACCCCCCGUUACACAAGCACACACACACACACACACACACACACACACACACACACACACACACACACACAGUCUUCCAUGGCUGAGAAUAUCUCAUCAGACUUUAUCUGUUUUCCCACAUAAACCAAAUGGAGUACAGUGAAAGGGGUCAUAUAGGCAACUGACUGUUUUCCAGCAUUAUUUGUCACUAUGUGGCACGUGUGUGAAGAAGGUUAGUGGUCAUAAAUGAGCCUGCUUUGUUUUUUGUCUCAUGCUGUCAACACAAAUCUUUUCUACACCAUGCAGUCGUAUUUACAUUUAUCAUUAAGUUAUUUUCCCUUAGCAGCCUCACGUUGUCCCACAGAAACUGUCUGUUGCCUUUGAGACUGUGUCACUGGUGACGUGUAACAAAGCAAGCACUGAGAAACAAACGAGGAGCUGCUGUAGGUCUGGCUGAUUAUCAUGAAUGACUGAAGAAGACACAGUUUCCUCACACCAGGAGUCAUGCCAUCUUUCAAAAGAAUAUGCCUUUUGCACUGUCACCAAGAAAUGGCUGCUUGCUAUGCUGACGGUUUGUUCUGAUCACAUGUCGAUAAGUCAGAUGUAUUAAAAUCUAAAUUUCGUAUUUGGGAAAAAAAAUGUAUUUUGAGGUUUUUAUGUUAUAAUUUUUUUUUUUUUUGCCAUUUUAUGUGAUCUCCAUGUGUGAACGAUUUCAAUUAUCUCAAACUGUAUUUGCAUGUGGAGCGCUAAGUUGACUGUUGAUUUGUACUGUGUUCCAUUUUAUUAAAAUGUUUCUGCAUUUUAUUAAUUUGAUGAAAAGGUUCUUUGCUUUAAUAUUUUGGAAAUACACAAAUAUGUUCACUGGCAUUAAACUAGUCAUGAUAA